CAUCAGCGUUGGCCUCUGAGUGUGUUGACGACGACGACGACGACGACGACGACAACAGAGUGAAAACAAUCAAAGCUGUCGCAGAGUUGUUGGAGAGGCUAAGGGAAACUCGCCGGGGUAUUUGAAUUGUGAGUAGAUAUUCACAGUCAUUUGAGUUUGCUAGCGUGAGGGUUGAGGUGAAUAUGUGCCCGAUAUGUUUCCGGAGAAGAGGGAAGAUGUGCGUAUUUAAAUGUCCAGAGUGGAAGGACAAAGAGAUCACAAGAGUUCCUGACGUGUAGAGAUAUUUCAUUAUCAGAUUUCGCACUUUCUGAUUUGAUUAGGUAUGUGGUGUUGGAUUGUGAAGUUGAGGUUGGAUUCAAGGUUGGAACUUUCGACAGCCACAAGGAAGCUCUCGCUGGGUUGGAUCACAACUUGCUUCUACGACUAUCACUGAUGAAAAUCACUAACCAGAAAUCAAUCAAUGGGCGGGAAUCCAGAUGCUAACGAGAAUGCUUUCCCAGAUAUUUGUACUCCAUCACCACGACCGGCCCGUCAGCACCGUUCAACCAUCCAUAUCACUGACCUGCUGAUCACGUAGCCAGCUGGCUCUCCUCAGCCGAAACCCUCACCAUCUCAACAUGGCCGAUCACCCUCACACUCACGGUUCCCAUCAUGGCCACUCCCACGGACACUCUCACGAUCAUGGUCGCUCCCACGCUCACGGCCACGGAGAGACUCAAAACAGGGAGUACUUCAAUCAACAAGCAUCCUCUUACGACUCCAAGCACGAGAAAACCCUCGACAAGCUGGUUGAAGAGAUCAGGAAGCGGAUCGAUUUCAUUGGUGUUGAGUGGGCUGACGAGGAGACCUCCGGCGACGAGGAGGAGAAAAAAGAUAACAACAGGGAGAAGAAGGAGGUGAGGGAGGUGAGGUUGUUGGAUUAUGCUUGUGGGACCGGACUUGGUGAGUCUGCUCUUACUCCGUAUACCACCCAGUGUGUCGGCAUUGAUUUGUCCGAGAAUAUGGUGGCUACCUACAAUGCCAAAGCCGCAAACCAGGGCCUGACCCCCGAAGAAAUGCACGCCCACGUCGGCAACCUGUGCCUCCCCACUGACUCCCCUUCCUACCCCACCCAAACCCAACUCUUCUCCUCCUCCGACUUCUUCUCCUUCGACCUAGCAGCCAUCUGCCUAGGCUUCCACCACUUCGACGACCCUCCCCUCGCAGCCCGCCGCCUCGUUGAGCGCCUCAGGCCCGGCUCCGGCGUGCUCAUGAUUCUGGACUUCCUCCCCCACGAAAAGAUGGACGCCUCCCAUCCUGCCUCUGGCACUGUCAUCCACCACGGCUUUUCCAAGGAGCAGAUCCAGAAGAUCUUUGAAGAUGCCGGAGCAGGAGAGCAUUUCGCCUUUGAAGAGCUGGCGGUUGUUUUCAACAAAGCUGCGGGGACGAGGGAGGAGAUGAAGAGGAAGAUUUUCAUGGCCAGGGGGACGAGGAGGGCGGAGUAGAGUCAUGCCAUGCCGGUGAGGGUCAAAAUCAGUGUUGAAGGACUGAACAAGAUAGGAUUGUAGAAUGAA